UAAUCGAGUUUACUAGGUUUGUCAUCGGUUUCAGACGACUAUUUUGUGUGCAAUCCCAAAUCGCGCAUUUUCUAGUGAUUUUCAAAAUUGGGCGUAUAUUAUAGGAAUCGAACAAUUACUACUUAUUUAACAAUUAAAAACUGAAAUAGAUAUAUAUGCUAUAAUCAACUUUCGGUGUAUUUUAAAAUUCACGUUUUCAGUUUUAUCAAUGCAAUGCAGUGGAUGCUGAUGAAUCUUUUUUGAAUAAAUUGUGACUUUUAAUUGUGAAAAAUGGGAAAAUUAUUAAGCCUUUUGGCUCGUGAUGAUUCAAAUUGUUGUUCUUCGCCUCGCUACGACAUCUUCUUAGAUUUUGAAAACGCUGCACCUACGGACACGGAGCGCGAAGUUUAUGAAGAAGUGCAGAGAGUUUUAUUAGAAUCAGAGAAAAUCCUUCAGGAAAUACAGUGUUAUAAAGGUGCGGGGAAAGAGAUAAGAGAGGCUAUAGCAGAUUCUUCAAGGAUAUCACAGGAGCGAGCUUGGCGUGCCGUGAAACCUCUGGUGGACAAACUACUCAGAUGUUACAACCACUCCCUAGAGCUCCAACGGGUAGUGCCUCGAAUACUGGGAUCCCUGGUGGGCGGUUCCAUGAGCCCUACGCAACAUCUCGAACAACAGCAGGCUUUGGUGAAACAAUUCGCUGAAAUAUUAGAAUUCGUCCUCAAAUUUGACGAGUACAAAAUGAAGAUGCCAGCCAUUCAGAACGACUUCAGUUACUACAGAAGAAGCGUAUCUCGUGGUGGUCUUAUCAAUUCAGAUUUACCCCAAGGGGAAGAGCCCCAUAUAAGCGCAGAAGUUGCCAACAGAAUGUCACUGUUUUAUGCGCAGGCCACGCCCAUGCUGAAAGUCCUCUCGGAGGCAACGAGUCAGUUCGUCAACGACAACCAACAGGAUCUCGAGAAUACCACAGAAACUCUUAGCACCAUGGCAAAAGUCUGUUUGAGGAUGUUAGAAAAUCCAAAACUGGUCGCUCAGUUCAGCCGUGAAGAGACAUCACUGCUGGUAUUACGCGUGAUGGUAGGACUCAUAAUCCUAUACGACUGGGUCCACCCUUCAGGCGCCUUUUGUCGUUCCUCCUCCGUAGACGUCAAGGGCUGCGUCAAGUUCCUUCAACAACAGACACCGGCUAAAGCAGAACCACUGCUGAACGCUCUCCGGUACACUACCAAGCAUUUAAACCACCAGUCUACACCAAAGAACAUCAAAUCACUCCUAGCGGCGUGAGGACACCACUCCAGCCUUGCAUGUUGCUGUGGGGAAUGAUUCGACAAUAAUUAUUUGUGGGGAUUUCUCAUCGGCACGCUAUGAUUUGUGGUAUUUUAUUUAAUUUGCUCAUUACAACAUAAUUCGUCGCGACUCAUGAUACUUUAGAAUAGAUUUAUCGUCACAAAAAUUAGAUGUUGUAAUAUACACAAAGCAACGCACAUUCGUAAUUUUGAAACGGACAUUACAGUGUGUAUAUUUGGAAUAUUAAAACAAUAUCAACUUAGUGAUGUAUCAAAGGG